AUGCAAAAAUAAAGAAGAGAUUUAGAAAAAUAUAGAUCAAAAUUUCCGAUUCGUGAACAAAAUAAAAACUAGGAUAUUGAUUUAAGAAUAAAUUCAAAGAUUAAAGUAAAGUGUAUUUAUAAUUAAAAAGAUUUAAGAGGUUAAGGAAAAUUAUGAUAUUGAAAUCCUUUAGAAUAAAUAUGUAUUAUGUUUAAGAUAAGUUCUUGGAAGUGUAUAUUUAAUAAAAUUAAAUAAUAGGGGAGCUUUGCCAUUGUCUAUAAGGGUUAUAUGAAAGAAGAUGAAAAUGAAAAAAUUGCUAUCAAAAUCAUGGAAAAAACAAUAGCCGAAAAAAUAAAGAAGCCCAUGAGAGAAUACGAAAACCAAAAGAAAUUAUAAAGUUAAAAUGUAGUAAAGUAAUUAUUACUUUUUAAUAAUUAGAAUGAUUGAUGUUAUUGAAGAUGACAAUUAUUUUUAUUUUAUUUUAGAACUUUGUGAAGAAAAAUCUCUUUCAGAAAAAUUAAAAUUUAGUCCUCUUUAAGAAGAGGAAGCCCUUUAAAUUUUUAAACAAAUUAUUAUUGGAUAUAAAGAAUUAAUUGAAUAAAAUAUAAUGCAUAGAGAUUUGAAACCAGAAAAUAUUCUAUUUUCUAAUGGAAUUGCAAAAAUAGCUGAUUUUGGUUUUUCUAAAUUGUUAGAUGACUUAAAUUAUAGUGCUAACCAUACAAAAUUAGGAACUCCUUUAUAUGCUGCACCUGAAAUAACAACUGGAAAAUAUUCUUCAAAAGCUGAUAUUUGGUCAUUAGGUAUUAUACUUUAUUCAAUGCUAUAUGGUUUUAUUCCUUUUGAUGUUUCUUAACCAAGUAAAUUGGAAAAUUCUAAAAAGCUUCCUAUUGAAUAUCUACCAACAAUUAAACCAGAUAUUAUAAUAUUAUUGUAAAAAAUGCUUGUAGUUGAUUAAAAUUAAAGAAUUAGUUGGCAAGAAUUAUUUGCAGAUAAUCUUGUAGGAUUGAUAGAACCUCAAUAAAGUUUAAUUUAAGAUUAAGUUACUUUAUCGAAACUCAUAAAAAUUGACUAAAAGCUUGACAAUGAGAUAAAAAUUUUAAGUGUCUAUAAUUACUUUAUUUAUGUAUCCGAUAUUCUUGGAUUUAUCAGAAGUUUAACCUUAGAGGUUUCGAGACUUCACAAAAUUGUUUAAUUUUCAAAUGAGUAAAUAAAACAUUAUCGUAUCAUUACUACAAAAUACAUUUUAAAUGAAAUUAAAUUUUAUUUAAGAGUUUUAAAUGGAGAAGUAAAUUAAAAAAUAUUUUAUAUUAGAUGUUAAUGUAAGUACUCAUAUUGCCAAAUAAUUUUGAACUUUUUAAGAAAAGUGAUAAUUAUUAUUAAGUGUUAAAUAAUUUUAAAUCUAAUUCAGAGGGUUUCGAACAAUUCUAUACAAAAAUUAAAGAGGCAUAUGAUAAGUAUUUUUAUUAAAUUUAAAGUAAAAAUACAAAUAAAGAAAUAAUUUGAAUUUUAUAGAGAAGGAUUGUAAUAAAAUGAAAACAAUCAUAAAUUUUCAGAAGCAUUUAACAAAAUUUACUUAAGUCUAAUAGAUCAUAUAAUAUAGAAAGUGAAUUAUAACACAGUUUAAAUAGAAGAAAAGGAUUAUUUAUUUAGAACAUUAAUAAAAUUAUUACAUUGUUUUUAACCAUUAAAUUUUAGUCAUCAUAAACUGGAAGCAUUUAAAGUUGAAUAAAAACUUCGAACUUCAUCAAGUUUAGAAAAAGAAUUUCAUGAACUUUAUCAUUAACUGAUUUCUAAGUGA